AUGCGCGAACGGGAUGGAUAUAGGGACCGCGGCGGUGCCAGAGGGAAGGCUGAGUCGUCUACCAGCCGCGGAUUCCCGCCGCCGUCUGGGUCAUUUGGACGCGCCAAUGCCGGCAACCCGAAGCCUCUGUCGUUUCAGACACGCCAAGGCGGCUCUUCCUCAGCUGAGUCGUCCUCCAGACAGCCGUCAGCGAGCGUGUCUGCGACUGGUCCUGGGGGUAACAAGCACACAGCUGCGGCAGUGCAUCCCAUGUAUGGAAAAGACUUAGCCAUGGCCGUGCAAACGUCAUCGGGGCGAUCCCAGUCCCAUCAAAAGACACCACCGUUCAAAGCGCCGCCGCGAACGCAGGAGUCGAAAAGGGCGUCGCCUUCAUACCAACAGAUGCCGCUGGAAUACACAAACAUGCGCUUGUUCAACGAAAUGGUCAAAAACGGAGUGAUACAUCCGGUCAUGAUGGGGCAAUUCAUGCCCAUGUUCUCAUUGGGCGCAGCGCAACCGGCUCCAGAGGCGAAUGUAGCACCUUCGAGCCGGAAGCGUACGACUUCACCCCCUUCGAAGCGUCCCGCUAAGGCGCAUAAGCCGGAAGAUACACACGUACAGAAAACGGCAACGUUGGAGUCUAUGGUUGACGCAACCGCUGUGCGGGUACGAAUGGAUAUUAUUAUACGGGCACUGUCUAAACUGCAUGAUGCAAUAAGCAGAAUAAAGAUCACAAUGCCCAGUAUAUUCAGAAUCAGAAACAACUUCAGGUUGAGAGCAGCCGAGGAAGAGAUGAUUGGAUCCGUUGAGGAGGUUUAUCGAUACCUGCUCAUUACGCACCUCGCGAAGACACACAAGCUGCAGCCGCCGUACAACUUCCAGAAAUCUGCGGAAAGCAAGCUGCAGGCCAAAGAGCCGCUGCUGAAAUUCGUGGGUGCAAAGUCAAAUCUUGCAGUAAUCAAUCUAGAGGAGCUCUGUAGUGUCAUAAGCAACCAGCAGUUGCAGUACAACCCGACUUGGUCGGUGUUGAGGUGGGAUGAGGGCGCAGAAGCCAAAAAUGCAAACCCUGCAACCAGCAACAGGCCAUACUACGUCAGGGCACUCCAUACACGUGGCAAAGAGUUUAUGGAUGGCGGAAGAUAUGCCGUAUUACUAAGGGCCAUCAAUGUGCAUAUGUUCGAGGAACACAUAGACGUAGUCCACCUGCUUUGCAACAUGGGCCCCACUGCAAGGGAGGCCAUUCUGCGCGCAGUGGGAUAUUACGCGCUCAGCUGUGACGAUGAUGCCUUUCUCACGCUGGCGUCGAUUAUACCCACCAUGGGAUCGGAAGCUCAGAUACAAUUCUACAGACAAAUCGCACAGUUGGUCGACCCGAGGACGUAUCGAAUGGCCACAAUGUACGUGGAGCGUUACUUCGAACGUAUAUUACCCAUGUGCCUGGCCAUUUCUGACAAGCGGGCGUGGGCGCCGACCAUCACGCUGCUCAUGAAAUCUGUGGACCCGUUGCGGCUCGGAGUCAAAAGCUCGAACACCGCCGUUACGCUGCUUAGGACAUUGAAGAGCUGGUGCAAUGUUUUUGCCAGAUGCGAAGACACGUGCGUCCAGGUGUUCAAUAAGUGCAUCCAGUUGGUGCUGCAGGCGGGGGAUGAUUCGAGGAUAGUCAUCAGGGGAGCUGCGGCGGACCUUGCGGUACAGAUCUGGCUGAAUGCAAAGGGCAAGGCAGCUGUUCUCAAGCAAAUAGGAUACGACACAGUUAGGACACUCGGCUGCAUUUCAGGAGUGCAGGCGAUCAAAUUCAAUAUAUGGUCCGACCUGCUCACGUUGGAAACGUUCGAGGACCAUACGAAGACUGUGCGAGUGCAACCCCUCGACCUCAUACUCGCCAGGAUGGACCAAUAUGACGUCGUGGCGCAAUCGUUGUAUCACGAAGAGGCUGCCUUCGUCAUAUCCAUUCUCACAGCAGAACCAAGUGUCCUUAGCUAUCUUAUGAACUGGUACUUGCUGCGCUACUUCAAAAUAACCAAGACAGUUUUUGCUCUGGAGAAAAUCGCAAGCGUCAUCAGGUUUGCGAUCGUGGCGUACCCCAGGAUAGCCAAACGCACAUUGCAGCACACCAGCUACAACGUGGGCACGUUCUGCUGCUGGAUGCUCAACAUAGCCACCAACUGCAGCGUCGGAAGCGGGUGCCUGGAGUUGGCGAACAUCAAGAUGGCGCUGUUCGUGGACUGGCUGUUUUUCAACUACCAGUAUAACGCAAGGAUUAUCAGACUUUGCUUCGGAGCCGAGGGGACUGCGCAGUGCGAUCAGGUGCUGAACAAUAUGCCUUAUUGCCGCAGGCUGUUUGUCAAAGAACUGUCGAAAUGCGUCUUCAUAACGCGGCGAACGGAUAACUCCGAUGAGGAUGAGAAUGUGGCUAAAGUCAACGUUCUGUUAGGAACUAACGAGGUGCUCACAUUCACGUACAACACCGCCGUCGACAUCUUCAGACGCCUCGUUGACUACCUCCUCAACGCCGUGCUGCACUACCACUCAGAGGUCGGGGUUGUGGCUGUCAACGCUAUCUCGGCCAUUUUCAUGGUAUCUGUGCUGGAAAUACCGGGUACACAACAUACGCUGGGAACACUGCUGCGGGCACUCAAGAACACCGUGCUGGGGAGGAUGUGCUCGGUGGUAGAUAUCUCACUCGAGGCCCUUACGGUAUACAUCGCGCACGCUGGUGACAGCGACAAGACACACGCGUUGGAGCUCAAAGCCGCACUGCAGCCGCUGCACAACAAUUAUACCAUGGUGGUGGGCAUGGAGGAAAAACACAGAAGCGCGUGUUACGACGAGACGCUCAAGAUGCUAAUGCUGCAAUGCUAUGGAAUGGUGCUGGAGUAUUUCAUCAACGUAGACGGCUUCAACGCCAUCUACCAUGGCAACCACCUUACGGUCGACACUCUACGAGCAAACCAAGAGCUCGAGCUGCUGGAGCAAACGCAAUGUCCGAAGCUCUACACCAAUAUUACCAUUACCAACACGGAUACUGCGACAGACGGGAAUGAAGCCGGUGCUGAGAGUGAUAGCUCUGUGCGUGGCGAUGCGGUAAGUGACAUCAGCGAUGGGGCGCUGAGUGAUUCCAUAAGCGAUAUAAGCAGCGACAACGACGGAACAGCAGUAAGCGACACAGCUGAUACGUCUGGUGCCAAUGAUCAAGGUGACGGUGGCGUUCAAACUACACACCAGCCCGAUGGCACAACGAAGAGUGAAGAGACAGCAUUGGAACAUGUGGAAAACUCACCGGAUGUGUUAAGUAUCUCCUCUACCGAACUUAGGGAAUGGGUUCAGCUAUUCGUGCACGGGUCGAUGGACAAUCCAGCCAAAGAUUUCUCUGCAGACCCGCUUUACAUGUAUCUGAAGAGCAGUUUAGUUAACAAUGGAGAGCCGGACUACUCAGUCAUGCUUAUCAAAGCACGCGAUUCAUCUUGCACUUUUCAAUUCGUUGAACGUCAUGGAGAUACAACAGGCAACUCGAAGGAUCACGCCGUGGCUAACGUGGUGGACGUUGUGGCCACUUAUCUGCUUGAAACCGCCCUGCAGUGCCUCCUGGACGAUGCCAGCUCGGGGGCAAGCUUUGACAGCAUUCUGUUCAAAGAGUGGGUUGUCCAUAUAUUUAACGCGUUCGUACGUCUAUGCGUCGCCGUGUUCAUGGCGGGGCACGUGUCCAUUGUGUGGGAACUUUUGUACUAUAUCGCAGCGGUGUCUACAGCAACGCAAGUGACGGAAGAGGAAGUUGGGAUCGAUGAGGCUAAAGUUCAAAGUAAGGCAAGCAAAAGCCAUCUGCCUACUCCAGCGCGCAGGAAAAUUCUCAUAGUGGCAACGUUGCUCUUCAACACGAUCGAUUCCGUCACACAGCUCAAAAGUAUCACAAAGGACUCGGUUAUGAAGCAGACAUUGGAACAUGUUAUCAAAACGGUAGUAGGGCGCGAGGGCACUGAUAUGGCGACCGUUGUGCAAAAUCUCAUGCCCAUUAGGUUCACGCUGGAGACUGUGUUCAAAAGCCGCUUUAACCAUUUCGGAAAGCUGCCAUCCAUCAUGGGUAUGAUACUCAGAGUCGCACCAGUAACCGCAAUAGACGCCCUCAUUGGUGCAAAUUCGGCCAACAUGUUCAAUGUGUUCAAAGAGAGCCAGUUAAAGGGAUCGGAUGUGGGCACAUACGUUAGAGCGCUGUUAGCGGCGGGACACCCAAGCCCGCUGCAACGACGGCACAGCUUCGUAGCCUGGCAAAUGGUAUGCCGGAUGUAUGAAAUGGCAUUUAGCACGAGUAAAAUGCGGCAGACGCUCAAACAACAGCGGAACUUUCUCAAAGCCACUUCCAAGCAGUCCAUGCCAAGGAACAUGGGGAAAUUGCCGUACAUAACCGAGGCGGACGUUGGCGAAAAGAACGCCAACAAAGACGUUGUGCUGUGUUAUCUGGGCGUCUCUGGAAAUAAGAGAGUCAACUUCAUCUCAUUCCAAAGGGGAUAUACGUUUGCUAAGGAUCUAUUUGUGAACGAACGUGCCGAACUCAUAUCGCACGCCGUACGCGACGCGUUCAACAAUGCUGAUAUCGCACUAAUGGAGAUCGCCGUCUUCUCGGCGUUCCCCAUAUUUGUACACUCCGUCCCCACGCAGGGCGUCAUCCGGGACGUCACGCAAAGUCUAGCUGCCACCUGGCCCAAGAAACGCAUCAUCAAAAGCCCACAAAUGCAGUUUAUAUGCGACAUGCUGCUCGCGCUGAUCACACACUGGUUGGCCAGAUACCCGCAUCUGCUCGCAGCGUUCGAUCACAGCCUGCCAAAUAUCGGAGAAGCACUGGACCAGCUGGCCGUUAAGUAUUCCACGGGCCGAUCCAUGCAGUUUACCUUCAACGGCACCACUCUUAAGGUGCAACUGGAGCACUUGCUCGCGCUCAAAAAUUCCAUUUAA